AUGGCUGCUUCUGUUGAGCAAGAAAUCGAGCAAGUAGGCGAAGCUAUUGCAAGGGUGGAAAGAGAAAUUGAGGAGAUCAACGAAAUUCUCAAGAGCCCCACCAUUUCGGAUGACGACAAAACUUACCAUCGGCAAGAGAAAAGCCAGCUUCGGCAAAAGGAAAGCCAGCUUCGGCAAAAGGAAGACAGGCUUCGGCAAGAGAAGUUGUUGUUGAUUGAACGCACUCCAGUGCCAAACGCUGCAUUUGAUGUGACAAGGAUGGUACAAGCAAACAAUCCAAAUGAGAUGGCAAACAGACAACAAGAGCUUGGCCACCUAUUGGCUACUCUGGAAAAUCUGGAAAGGAAGACAAAUCUGCUGGAAACACCAACAACACCAUGGGUUGGCAGAAAGGCUACAAGAAAUUCCAUUGAAUGUAUUGUCGAAUCUAAUUUCUCUAAACGACAAUCGACAGACCAUGCCCAGUUUGCAUUCCUUGUUGCAUCUGGUCACGUACGAAGUGGCAAGACAAGGACUGGAAUUGAGUUACCAGGAAUCAUCGACAGGGUCUUUGAGUCUAAGUCCCUCGAUCAAAAGGUUCUUCCAACUGUAUAUCUGAAGAUAGAUUUUUUGAAUGGUUCAAAAUUCAACGCGCAAUUUGAUACGCCCCGUCGAGCACCAAGCGAGGCACUUGGAGGCCGUUUGCUGUUGUCAUACUUCGAUAUUUCUGUUCUACAACCGAUUUCACAUGACUUUGUCAUGGGACAAAUUCUACGGCAUGUGCUGCGACACAAUAAAGCAGAAGCAAACGUUGUUGUUCCGGUCGUCAUUCAUUUUGACGAACAUGGCGAAUUCAUUGCAGAUCGUAACAAAUCGGAGAAUAACAGUGAUGGGAGGAAUUUCUUUUUGAAAAUGUUGCAAUGCCUAGGGUCACUUGCUACUUCGAAUGAUUCAGCAGUCCGUGAUUGGCACAGAGCUGGGAGUUUCUUCCUUGUCCCAAUAACCACUGGGACGUCAAGCACUGACGCCAAUUUCACGGAGCUGAGCAAAUACCAAGUUCAUCACUUGGCGUUGCCUGUCUUGGAUACAGCCACCAGAAAAAAAAUGGCAGCGGAAUGUUUGCAGGGGAAUGCAAAUGUAGACAAAAAUCAGAUCAGCAACAUCCUUGAGAAUGAUUUAUUCCAAGUUGCCCUGGCGGAUACUGGAGGGCUGCCUGGAUUGGUUGAAUUUGCUUGCGAAUACAACUUUCAACAGGGCAACAGCUCACCAGUUCAACAUCUCCAUUUGAAAGUGGCAGCGUAUGUUAACAAGAAAUGGGACGCAAAGAUGAAAUCGAUUGUUUCGGCUUCCCUUUCGAGGAUCAGGGUCUCCAAUGCCUUUGUUCUCAUGGCUGGGACGGACACCACUUUCACCGUGCAAAGCGCCUUAGAUGGAGGGACCAUUUUCCUACAGAACCAUGAAAUUCGGCUCGCUCCCGCAGUGCUGGGAAAAUUCACCAACGACAAUGAUAUGUUGCAUUCGCUUAUACUGAAGGCGCCUACUAGAGCCGAUCCAUGGACGUGGCAGAGUUUCGAGAAAGUCCACUUGCUCUAUCUGGCCGCCACAAUGGGUGCCAUGGUCAAAGAACGAGAGCAAUUUAAGGACAUUUCUCUGAGGACCUAUCUACGGAACCUCCAACCUGCUGGCAAUUCUUACCUGUCCCAAAAGCUGGUCCUGCCCUUGGAGUUUCAAAGCAACAAUUAUAUAGAGGAUGAAAGACAGUGCAUCUCGAACCAGAAAAUUCGUGUGACCACAGAAGAUCAUGCGCAUGUUCAUCUUGCUAAAGCAGGCACACCGAUUGUGGAUGGGUAUCUAAACGUAAAGGUUCUUGGUGGUAAAAGACUGACCAUAUUUCUGCAGUAUAAACACAGCGAGCUACUGUCAUCGAACGCAAGGGUGAAUGUUUCACACAUGAAUGAGGCUGCGCAGAAUCUUGAUCAUUGCUUGGACCCACAGCAUGGAUGGGAUGUGGAGGGGGACUGGAUAUUUGUCUGGGUGACAAAUAGAGAGGUGAUUCAGGAUGUUGAAGCAAUACAUGAACGGCUACUAUGGGUCGACAGCAACAGUCUGUGUGAACAUUGUCCUCUGAUUGGCGAGCGUGGUUUGGUGGCAAGAGAAAAUACUUGA